AUGUCGAAGGUGGGCCAUGCCGACACAUUUGUGUCACUGAUAGUACAACAACAGUUAUUCAAAGUAUUCUUACAAACAAACUUGUCUAAGACGUCUGUGCCAGCUCUUGGAUUUGAUAAAUUGGUAUGCAGAGGAAAUUCUGAUGUAUUCUUAGCCAAUAGAAAUAUGGUAAGAUGUUGUACAAUUAACGGAAAGAAGUUCAACUAUCGUUUAUUAGAUAAUAAUUCAAGUGACAACUUUGAUAUCAAUAGUUUGGAGAUGAAUUCUCUGGGCACUUUGAUGGCUUUAGUAGGAAAAUCAGAUGUUGUAAUCAUAUCAUUACCUAACAACGUUGGGGGUAAUGCAGCAACUAUCAUUCCAACAAAGUUAUAUCGUCUUCAAGGAAUUGGAGGAGACAUAAAGAAAGUUAUAUGGCAUUCCGCUGUCGGUAAUGAUUGUUCAUUGGUAAUUUUAAAUUCAAGAAAUGAAGUGAAAUGCUAUGAUAUAUCUAUUUCUUUGGAUGUUCCACAAAUUAAUGUGAAUCUUCUGAAGUUUGAUAACUUUGACGAUGAACAUGCUACAUCUAUAGCAUUCGGGACCGAUUCUAGUUUACUUUCGUCAUUGACACUUUACAUCACAACGACUAAGUCACACGUUUAUUCCAUUUAUCCAUUUACAUAUCGUAAUGCCAACUUAGUAUCAACAAAGGAAAAAGUUGAAGAAGCGGUAGCUGAAUCUAUUGCUACAGUUAAAGCAGUAGAAAAACGUUUUCCGUCUUCUAGUGUUAUGGAUAGUUUUGAGAGUCCUUUGAAGGAAGCGUCUUUAAGACAAUAUAAAUAUGUUAAGGAUCUAGUCAAUCAAAUCAAUAGUGGUAUACCAUUGAAGCAUGAAACAAGAGGAUUAUAUACUAGUACACCACAUGAGUUUCUCGUUCUAGAACAAAACCUUCCAGUCACUUUCGAACCAUUACUUCAAGGACCUUUAUAUACUUCAUUGGGUUCUGGAAUAAGUGACAUUCUUAGUGUGAAGAAUUCGAAGGGUUUAACUGUCUUAAUAACUAUUGGAAACAAAGAUGCUGAUAAUGUAUAUGUGACAUAUUUAACUCAACUCAGGCCAUUAAUUAUGAAAUGGAAACAAUUUGGUGAUAUUUUAAAAUCAUUACCUCAAAUUCCUGCAAAAUCAAAGCAUCAAAAAUCCUUAUAUGAGAGACCUAAGAAAGGUUUUGGUUUUGUUCUAACUCCUGAAGAAGAUGAAGAAACGGAGUCAGAGACUAAUAGUGACUCUGAAUUAAAGUUCUGGGGUGAUGAAUAUACCAUGUUGAAUCUUAUAAAUGUUGAUGAAUUAAGUUUGACAUCUGGUAGUGGUGUCAUGAGCCUUAAGUCUUUUACAAAUGAUAGGGAAAAUUUUGGUAUUAUCAUCAAUAAUAAAGUCAUAUUUGCAGAACUAGGCGUAUGGUACAACACCUUAUUUGAUAUAGCUAGUGGAAAUUCAGGUUCUAGCCUUCCUAAUUUUUCUGUAAAUUAUACAGCUUUAUCAUCUUCCGUGGAUACAUUAGUAGGUACUGAUAUUAUCAAUGAUGUUGGUGGACAAUCUGGAGAGUAUUUAAUAAUAUUUAGAGGAGGCGAUUCAAAUAAUCUAGAAAUUGUUAGUAUAACAGAGAAUGGAGUUGAAGAAGAAGAGGCAGAAGAAGAAUCUGUUGAUGAUGAAGAACUGACGAAUUUAAUCGCUGAUAAUAUAUUAAAAUCACGUCCGUUUGAAGAAUUGGUUCGUGAUGUUGAUUCAUUAAAAAGAUUUGAGUUCAAUACUCUUGCUAAAUAUGUGGAUCCUAGUUUAUCGGCCAAAACUAUACAACCAACCACAGAGAUUCUUGACGCUAUAAAUAAAGUUUCUUCUAAAGUUGUGGAUGAAGUCUCAAAGUCUACAUCAUAUACGGUUAAAUUGAAUUCCAGACUUUUAAUACAGUUAGAACAAUUAAGAACGCAAAUUGCAUCUAUGAGAAACUUACCUGAUGUUGACAUUGCUAAACUCGAAGAAUAUAAAAAGAAAUUAGUGACAUUAACUGAAAACCAAGUCAAAUUGGAAGAGAAGAGUAUAAAACUCAAAGGGAAGUUGGAAGAUUCGGUUGAUAAUCUUAAGAAUAAGAAAUCAUUACCAUUAGCUGAUAGUGAAAUACAAUGGUUUAAAGAGAUAAAUGUUAUUAAUGGCCAAAUCAGUCAUGAUUCUAGUUCAGGACCAAGUUUGCAAUCGGUAGUAAAGUCUUUGAAGGACCAAACACAAUCACUCUUGGAGGAAAUGAAAAGUAUAGAUACUAAGGAAGGCUCGGACUUUAAAUUAAAGAGAUUAGAGACAGAUCAAAAACUAUUUAAAUUAAAAUGUUAUCUUGAAGAGAAUAGCCAAUUAAUUAAUGUGAUCAAGUCUAAGUUAGAGAGUAAAUAG